GUGCAGCGCGUCACUUUGCAUUUUGCGCCGAAGAACCCCCCCCCGCAGCAAACAUGGUGAAUUUCACAACCGCCCAAAUGCGUGAAAUCAUGGACUACACGAAGAACAUUCGUAACAUGUCUGUGAUUGCCCACGUCGAUCACGGCAAGUCCACCUUGACCGAUUCGUUGGUGUCCAAGGCCGGUAUCAUUGCCGCCAAGAACGCCGGCGACGCCCGUUUCACGGACACGCGUGCGGACGAGCAAGAACGCGGUAUCACGAUCAAGUCGACCGGUAUCUCGAUGUUUUUUGAAUACAACAUGGACGCCGGCGAGACAUUGGCCGCGAACCAAGCGCAUGCCGCGGCCACGGCCGAAAACAAGGUGGACGGCGUCGAAGUGCCCGAAGUCACGAUCAACGAAAACUCGUACCUGAUCAACUUGAUUGACUCGCCCGGGCACGUCGAUUUCAGUUCCGAAGUGACUGCGGCGUUGCGCGUGACGGACGGUGCGUUGGUGGUCGUCGACGCCAUCGACGGCGUGUGCGUGCAAACCGAAACGGUGCUGCGCCAAGCCAUCGGUGAACGCGUCAAGCCCGUGCUCAUGGUGAACAAGGUGGACCGUGCGUUGUUGGAACUGCAAUUGCCCCCUGAAGAGUGCUACCAAUCGUUUAACCGCGCGAUUGAAAACGUCAAUGUGACCAUUGCCACGUACAACGACGCCAAGCUCGGCGACGUCCAAGUGUACCCAUACAAGGGCACUGUCGCGUUCGGGUCGGGAUUGCACCAGUGGGGGUUCACCCUCAAGCGCUUUGCCAAGCUGUACGGCGCCAAGUUUGGCAUCGACGAGUCCAAGAUGAUGGAGAAGCUGUGGGGCGACUGGUUCUUUGACGCGGAAGCCAAGAAGUGGAAGCGGUCGUCGGAGAACGGCACGUUGAAGCGCGCGUUUGUCCAGUUCAUCAUGGACCCGAUCUGCAAGAUGUUUGACGCCAUCAUGAACGACCGCAAGGCCAAGAUCACCAAGAUGCUCCAAGCCGUCGGCGUCGAGCUCAAGCCCGACGAGCAAGAACUCACUGGCAAGCCCCUCCUCAAGCGUGUCAUGCAAAAGUGGCUGCCCGCCGGCGACGCCGUGUUGGAAAUGAUUGUCGUGCACUUGCCAUCCCCCGUCGUGGCCCAGCGCUACCGCGUGGAAACCCUGUACGACGGUCCUCUGGACGACGAAUGUGCCAACGGUAUCCGCAACUGCGACGUGAACGGGCCCCUGGUCAUGUACGUGUCCAAGAUGGUGCCGACCUCGAACGACCGCGCGCGCUUCUACGCGUUUGGCCGCGUCUUUUCCGGCAAGAUUUCCACGGGCCAGAAGGUCCGCAUGUUGGGGCCCAACUACGUGCCUGGCAAGAAGACGGAUCUGUGGGUCAAGAACAUCCAGCGCACGAUCAUCAUGAUGGGGCGCUACGUCGAGCAAGUGCCCGACAUCCCCGCGGGUAACACGUGCGGGUUGGUUGGCGUGGACCAGUACCUGCUCAAGUCGGGCACGAUCACGACGUCGGAGACGGGCCACACGAUUCGCACGAUGAAGUUCUCCGUGUCCCCCGUCGUGCGCGUGGCCGUGGAGCCCAAGUCGGCUGCCGACUUGCCCAAGUUGGUCGAAGGCAUGAAGCGUCUGGCCAAGUCGGACCCGAUGGUGUUGUGUUACACGGAAGAAUCGGGUGAACACAUCAUUGCCGGCGCCGGUGAACUCCACUUGGAAAUCUGCUUGAAGGAUUUGCAAGAAGACUUUAUGGGGUGCGCCGUCAAGAUCUCGGAGCCCGUGGUCACGUACCGCGAAACUGUGACCGCCGACUCGAGCAUGCAAGUGCUCUCCAAGUCCCCUAACAAGCACAACCGCUUGUACUGCUCGUCGUCGGCUCUGUCGGACGAACUCGUGGCCGAGAUCGAAGAAGGCAAGGAAGAAGUGGGCGUGCGCUACGAUGUCAAGCUCCGCGCGCGCUACCUGGCUGACAACCACGGCUGGGACGUGACGGACGCCCGCAAGAUCUGGGGGUACGGCCCCGAUGGCGAAGGCGCCAACAUCUUUGUGGACCAAACCAAGGGGGUGUCGUACUUGGGCGAAAUCCGCGAGUCUGUGCUCGGCGGGUUCAACUGGGCCACCAAGACUGGUGUGUUGUGUGACGAAGUGGUGCGCGGUCUUCGCGUGAACCUCUUGGAUGUGGUGUUGCAUGCUGAUGCCAUCCAUCGCGGCAUGGGCCAGAUCAUGCCCACGGCCCGCCGCGUCGUGUUUGCCGCGCAACUCGUGUCGAGCCCGGCGUUGAUGGAACCCAUCUUUUUGGUGGACAUCCAGUGCCCCCAAGAUGCGAUGGGAGGCGUGUACGGCGUGCUGACGGUGCGCCGCGGCCACGUGUUCUCGGAAGAGCAGCGCGUGGGCACGCCCAUGAUGCAGAUGAAGGCCUACUUGCCCGUGAACGAAUCGUUUGGGUUCACGGAAGAGCUUCGCGCCAAGACGGGAGGCAAGGCGUUCCCCCAGUGCUCGUUUGACCACUACCAGAUUGUGAACGGCGACCCCCAAAACGUCGGCACCAUGGCCGGCAAGUUGGUCAACUCGACCCGUGUCCGCAAGGGUCUGGCCCCGGAAGUGCCUCCGUUUGAUCGUUUCUACGACAAGCUAUAAAGCGUUUGCGUAUUUUGUAUUUGAUGUCACAUUAGCCACCACCAAGUAUCAGAAUAUAACAAGACUUGCAUGCUUUCCCUCUCUCGUUUGGCUCGUGGAGGUUGUCGUUCAUGAACGAUGAGGCACUUUGAGAUGGAAGGAACGCCGUGGGACGUCGUACGCCGCU